CAUCAUCCACUGCAGAAGCUGCUGGGAACCAAUCAGACCUGACAGAGAACGGAUCAAAGCGUCGGCAGCACCGCAGGGGUACUCACAAAGCAGGAGAGAUGCCCAUCAGUUUAGAGGUGAUCUUUGUGCUGACCAUGGUUGGCACCAGCGGUAUGGCACUAAUACGGGCAGACAACUGUGCCUCUUCAGAGACCUGUCUAGCCACAAACAGAAUGACUUUCCCAUGGAGGAGCGCCCGACUGCCUUCUUUCAUAGUUCCUGAGCAUUAUCACCUCAACAUUCAUGUGGACUUUGCCACUCAGACGUUCAAAGGGCAGGUGAAGAUCCUGAUAGCUGUCACGAAGUGCAGCAGAUUCAUUGUGUUGCACAGCAAGAACCUAAACAUCUGUGAAGCAUUUCUGGAGGCCAUUCACACUCAGAAGAACAUCUCCUUGCAGGUACUCCAGGCCCCCAAGAACGAGCAGGUGGCCUUCACCUCUAACACCAGCCUGGAGGCUGGGCGCAAAUAUGACCUGACAAUCGGCUACACGGCUCCGCUCUCCACAAGCUUUUCAGGAUUUUACAAAGUGUUCUACACAACCAAGUCGGGGGCACAGAGAAUGCUGGCUGCUACUCAUUUUGAACCCACCUCAGCCCGCAAAGCCUUUCCUUGUUUUGAUGAGCCACAUAUGAAGGCCUUGUUUUCUGUGACAGUUGUUCACAGUCAGCAGAAUUAUGCAAUCUCUAACAUGCCAAUGAGGACAUCUCUGCUGAGAGCUGACGGCCUUGUGGAAGAUCACUUUCUGCACAGUCUCAAAAUGAGCAGCUACUUGGUUGCCUUUGUUGUGAGUGACUUUGCCUCAAGGAGUGCUAUGUCCACCAGAGGCAUCAAGGUUUCUGUUUUUGCACCAAGCGAACAGAUCAGCCAAACAGAGCAUGCACUUCACAUUGGGGUCAAGAUCUUGGAGUUCUUUGAAGAAUACUUCCAGAUCCCUUAUCCGAUUUCAAAAUUAGAUCUGGUUGCAAUACCUAAUUUUGAAUCUGGAGCAAUGGAAAACUGGGGUUUGAUCACCUUCAGGGAGACUUCACUACUAUAUGACCCAGAAACAUCAACAGGGCUGAACAAAAUCUGGGUGACACUGGUCACGGCCCAUGAAAUAGCACAUCAGUGGUUUGGCAACCUUGUCACAAUGGCCUGGUGGAAUGACAUCUGGCUAAACGAAGGCUUUGCGAGCUACAUGGAGUUUGUGGCCACUAAUCAUCUGAGGCCCGAGUGGUCAGUGGAAGACCAGUUCUUAAUCAACAAUUUCUUCAGAGCUCUGAAGCAGGACUCCUUCGAUACGUCUCAUCAGAUCUCAUUACCAGUGACUAGUUCUACCCAGAUCAGACAAAUGUUUGAUGUCAUCUCGUACAGCAAAGGUGCCUGCAUUUUGCAUAUGCUUCACAACCUUCUGACAGAACCUGUGUUUCGGUCUGGGAUUCAAUCCUAUCUGAGGGAGCACAGUUAUGGCAAUGCACAGCAGGACCAACUCUGGCAAGCGUUAUCUAAGAGUGCUCUACAGGCAGGGAGAAUGGCUGAUGUGAAGAAAAUCAUGAGCACCUGGACCAUGCAGAAAGGCUACCCUCUGGUGUCUCUCAGACGGAAUGGAGGAAAGCUCUUCAUUACACAGAAUGUUUUCACUCUACAUGUCUCAGUGAAGAGCAGCUUCCUUUGGCAGAUUCCAUUCACUUUUUACACAAGCAAUUCAUCGGCAGUCAGAAGUCUUCUGCUGAUUAAAAAAGAAGUGUCCAUUGAUUUACCAAAGGAGGUGCUGUGGAUUAAAGCAAACGUUAACUGCACCGGCUUUUACAGAGUGGCCUAUGAUCUCCAGAUGUUCCAUAUGAUCAUCCAUCAGCUUCAAGAGAAUGAUUUGGUGUUUAGCAGCAAUGACAGAGCAAAUCUAAUUGAUGACUCAUUUCAUUUGGCCAGCCAGGGAACCCUGAAGUACAAUGAGGCCUUUUCUCUCAGCCUCUAUCUUUGGAAAGAAAAGGAGUACCUCCCAAUUCGAAUGUGUGCCAUUCACAUGGUCCACAUGCUUAAGAGAUUUGCCUUCAGCGGAAACUGGUGCUCCUUUCAUCUGAUUAAGACACACAUGCUGGUCAUGCUUGGGGAACUUAUGUCAACUCAAAGGUGGGAUGACAGUGGCACAAUGCCUCAGCAAAACCUGCGAGUUCUUCUUCUGUCCAUGGCGACUGGGUACAAGCAGCUGCCUGCCACUCACAGGGCACAGGAUCUCUUCUAUAGAUGGAUGGAAAGUGAUGGAAAGACUUGGUUACCAAGGAAUCUCAGAGGGCUGUUGUUCCGUGUUGGUGUGAGAAAUGGAGGGGAUGAAGAAUGGAGGUUUCUGCUGAAGAAGUACAUGGAAAGUCCAUCUAGCACAAACAAGCUUAGCAUACUUCAAGCACUGUGUCGAACCAGAAGCACUGCGAAGAAACUCUGGUUGCUCAAGACAUCCCUCCUAAAUCAUGUGAUCAAAACACAGGAUUUUGGGACAAUUAUCAGACAACUGGCGAGCUCUCCAAAGAAUAACAGACUGGUCUGGAGAUUUAUGCAGCAUAACUGGGACAAGCUGACCACAAAGUUUUCCUUAGGCUCCUCAUAUCUGGCUCGCAUUGUGCUUUCAAUCACUUCUCACUUCUCCACACAGCAGAAGUACCUUGAAGUAAAGAGAUUCUUUAGCUCUGGGAAGAACAUGCGUAAUCUUAUGUUUGUCAGGAGAUCCCUGGAGGUCAUCAGGCUCAAUAUCUUGUGGCUGCAGAAAAAUAGAAAUCCAAUUAACUUCUGGUUAAGGCAACAGUAUACUGAAGCAUAUAUAGCUUCAAGAUAUUGUGGUGUGAGAAUUUGGAGAGAUGGUUUCUGGGUGGUCUUCUUUAAUUAUUGAAGCACAGUGAUAUUGUUUCUUAAAUAAUAAAAUUGCUGUAUGCAGU